AUGCUUGGUGGGCUGCGGCUGCUGGUGUUUGCAGCACUUGGUAUCUGGUCUACCAUCCCCCUGCACAGCACGGCCACCGCCGGGCCCGGGAGCAGACAGUCUUCAUGCUCAGGUGUCCUGGUGAGCCCGGGCCUCGCCCUCCUGGUGUGGCUCACUGUCCCCUGCUCUGGCCCCCAGGCUGAGGGCUUCUCCCAGGGAGGGCUGGAUGCCAGCCGGGCCGACCUGUGGGCCAGUGCCAACACCUCCCUCCUGCAAGGGUUCUGGUGCCAGCCAGCCAGGCAGCUGUCCCGGGACCAACUUUCAGCUCUGAUCAGGAGGAUGGCAUCACAGCAGGUCCCCCUCAAAGCCUGGCAGCUCAGCUGCCUGGCCAACCUGGCCGCCUGGCACAGCCUCCAGGGCGACUUCCCGUUCCACCCAGCCGACCUUCUGCUCUUCUACAACCUGACGCAGGUGAGGGAAGCCGACUGCCAGGCCUUCAUCCGCCACGCCGCCCAGGGGGACAUGGAGCUGCUGGCCAACCUGCCUGACCAGAGGGCCGCCCUGCGGCACGCAGCCAUGGCCUGCCUGGGAGGGCCCCGUCCGCAGCUCAGUGCCUCUGACCUGCUGCUCCUCGGGAUCCUGGUGUGUGACAUGGAUGCGUCCAGUAUCGUGGCCUCAGACCCUCAGGUACUGCAGAACCUGCAGCGCUGCCCCCGGCUGACCACCACCCAGCAAGCUGCCCUCAACACGCUGCUGGCCAGUGGGAGGACCAGGCUCGGGCCCCCUAACUCCUGGAACCUGGAAGGGCUGCAGACUCUGGGACGCCUGGCCACCUACAUCAGCCCUGGCCUGUGGGUGCAGGUGCAGGAGGCCGUGGGCCUGGACUUCUUCAGCAGCAUGGUGGCUGCAUGCCGGGCAGGGCAGCUCAGCCAGCGUGACACCAGGCGCUUCGUCACCGGCUUCCUCGAGGCCAAGGCGGCAUCCUCAAGGCCCAAGAGGGGCACAGGGAGACACUGCAUCCGUGGCGACAUCACGGCGGCCACGCUGCGGGACGACCUCUUCCUGGUCCGCUAUGACUGCUCACAGCUCGAGUCCUGCCUGGGCAGCCACGUGCUCAGGGCCAACCUGGACCCCCUGCUGCAGCACCCGCUCCCCACUGAGUGCCAGCGCGUCGUCAAGGCCAAGCUGGCUCAGAUCUACCCGCGCGGCAUCCCCGAGGAGCAGCUUCGGCGUAUCACCUCGCUGGUCUACCUCUACUCCCGUGCGGAGAUCGGCCAGUGGAACAUCACGUCCAGAGACACGGUCGUGGCCCUGCUGGCCUCGGACGUGGCCCUGGAGAACCAGACGGAGGCCGUCCUGCAGAAGUUCCUGGACCACAAUGGCACGGUCACCAGCGCCCUGCUGGUGGCCAUUGGGGGCUCCCGUCUCUGCUGGAUGAGCCCCCCGCAGAUCCGGGCCAUCCGGCCCUCAGAGUUCCGGCUGGCCGGGGCCCUGGACAUCUCCUCCUGCCCUCAGAGCCGGAAGGACGUGCUCUACGCCAAGGCCCGCGAGGCCUUUGGCAGCACCAGGACCACAGCCACCUACUACCACCUCAUGCGCCCGUACCUCGGCGGCGCCCCCGUGGAGGAGCUGCAGCACCUGGCCCAGGAAAACGUCUCCAUGGACAUCGACACCUUCACCAACCUGAACCCCCGCGUGCUGCAGAGCCUGAGUGUGGGCAACGUGACGACGCUGCUGGGCCAGAACGUGGGGGACCUGCAGAAGGCUCGCAGCCACCCCACCAUCAGCUCCUGGCUCCGCAGCCUCAACAGCUCGGCCCUCGGCGAGCUGGGCCUGGACACCGACCCCAUCGGCCCCACCCACCCAGCCCGCCCGACCACUGUGACGCCCAACACCACCCCCUGGGCGCCCCAUCUGGCCCCCACCUCAGGCCGGCCUGGGAAUGACGCUCCUACCUCAGGCAGCCCACCAGCCAACCUGGGGUACCUGCCACUUGCUGUGGCCCUGCCCUCCAGCCUCCUGUGGCUGCUGUAUCGGGGCGCCUGGACCGUGGCCUCCAAAGACGGCGCUGCCCGGGCACCACAUGCAGGAAAAUUGGGGCUGGUAGGUGGAGCUGGACCCCUACCCAAUGUCCCACCUCCCAGGGGCCUGCAGGGCUGGUCCUCAGCCACACCCAGCUCCCAGGACCUGGAGCUGGACUGA